AUGAGCCUAUCGUGUUGUUUGGUAUAUUAUCGGCCAUCCUGCAAUUCGUAUUGCCAGUUUCUAACUACCCGCCAGGCAUUUGGCAUGUAUGGAUAUGAUGCCGGCGUUCUAGGUGGCGUCCAAGAAACAAAGCCAUUUAGGGAUGCUCUUGGGAACCCUACUGGAGCAUACAUUAUCCCCAUGAUUGCUUCUAGCUAUACCCUCGCGGCUACUGUCUGCUCCCUGCUCACUUCCGUGAUGGGCAUGCCGCUUGGGCGACGUGGCUGCAUCCUUCUUGGAGAUGUCCUUGUUAUUAUCGGGGGGAGUCUGCAGGCUUCUGCAUGGUCUGUUGCUCAGAUGAUUACAGGUCGCGUGGUUUGUGGAUUCGGCAUCGGGGUAAGCCUAGCAAUCACGUACGCCCGGAGUUGCAUCACUACCAAACAGCGCGGCCCUGAGGUCGGCCUGCAGUGCAUCUUCCUCGUCGGUGGGUGCGCGGUGGCGUACUGGGUGGACUUUGGCUUCACAAGAAUGGAUAAUCAAGUUUCCUGGCGCUUCCCCAUCGGACUCCAGGCCGCAUUUGCCCUGGUGUCUGGUAUUGGCAUUUUCCUUCUCCCCGACACGCCGCGGUGGUACUACGCUCGAGGCCGCUAUGAAGAGGCAGACAUGGUCCUGGCUCGCUUGCAUAAUUGCUCAGUCACGGAUGAGGCGGUCCAGAGUACGAGGCGUUCUAUCAUUGCGUCUAUUGAAUUUGAGGAGGAAGCAAAAACUUUCAACGUAUUGGAUUUGUUUUGGGAUAGAACGGUGCUCCGUGUUGGCCAUCGCAUCCGGGUUGCAUUCCUGUUGCUGAGUAUGCAGCAAAUGAUGGGAAUCAACCUCUCCGUAUAUUACAGCACCAUUAUAUUUGGCCAGGUUGGAUUGUCACCUUUCAUGUCCCAGCUCCUAGCGGCAGUGAUGAACACGACCUUCGCCCUUGGCUCACUCUUUCUUCCCGGAACAAUCGAAAAGUUUGGACGACGCAGAAUCAUGAUUUACUCGGCGGUGGGCUUGACAAUCUGUAUGACUGUAUUUGUGGCAAUGAUCGGAAACUCCAGGCCAAGCUUGGCCACGCAGUGGACUGCAGUUGCUGCGGCAUUUCUGUACAAUUUCAUAUUCGGAUACGGUUGGAUUGGAGUCUGCUGGCUGUAUGGGCCUGAGAUUGCUCCGCUUCGGUUUCGCCAUGUUGGAGGCGCGGCUGCUGCGUUUGGUGAAUGGCUCUUCUGCUUUAUCACAGUUUUUGCGGGAGGAAUAGGUCUGCAGACCGUGGGUUGGAAGUUGUGGCUGUGGUGUCUUUUGUCUUGUGCUCUAGCCGUCCCUUUUGUUUAUUUUCUGUGUCCAGAGACUACCGGAAAGACCUUGGAGGAUAUUGACCUGCUCUUUGCACGGGGUGACGCACACGGUAGUUCCCUGGAUGAGGAGAUGCGCGGUGAUUGCAAAGAAGGGCCAGAAGCUGAGCACGCAGAACGGGUUAUGUAGUUCUAUAAGAUAUAG